ACGGGCGAUGAGGGAAUAGAACUGCUGUUGGGAUAGUGUGAAACAUUGCGGAAGUCUUUUUUUAUAGGGAACAACGCUCUCACUUCCUGUACAGUUGGUUUUUAGGACUACUAAACACAAAACAUCGAUGUUGGCUACUGAGGUGUGUGUUGCCAUUUAACACAGAUUGGUUACAUUGUAUCGCUUGAAUCGUGGAUUUAAGGACGCGAUCUGAUUCGAACUGGAAUCUUCUCACCGGAAAGAAGAAGACGUGAAAGUUUGUAGCCGUGAGCGGUUUUGCUGAGCUGGUUCGAGUUAACAUGCACAUGGUGUGUGGGAUGUCGCUGUAUCGUCAUUAGAACGACUACAAAGAGAAAAGGGGAACUCAUCACAGUAGUGUAUUCUCGCCAGACUAAAACACGCCACACACACACACACACAGUUAAGGCUUGCUACUCUACUGAGCACUUCAGGAUGGAACGACUUCGAAAACUUUGUAUAUCUUUGGCUUUGAUCCUGCCUUGUUUACAAUGGACAACUUGUUUCAAUCUGGACAUUGACAAACCCUAUGUAUUCUCUGGUCCUGAAGGAAGUUAUUUUGGAUUUUCUGUGGAUUUCUUCCAGCCAGAUGCCAAGCAGUCAAACAUUCUUAUAGGAGCUCCCAAAGCCAACACCUCCUCAGCUUCUACAGUGGUGGAGCGAGGGGCAGUCUAUACCUGCCCAUGGCAGAAGAGUAGUGACUGUACCCAAGUACAGUUUGACAAUACUGAUGAUCGUAAGAAUAACGAGGGGCUCCAGAUGGAAUUUAAGUCCAACCAGUGGUUUGGUGCCACGGUACGGUCACAUGGUGAACACAUCCUGGCCUGUGCUCCUCUCUACCAGUGGAGCACGUACAGCGUGUCAGAGAGAGAGCCUGUUGGAACGUGUUUCCUGAAGAAAGGACAAGAAGUUGUGGAGUACUCUCCUUGUCGAUCUAAAGCCAACUCUCCAGAGGGACAAGGCUUCUGUCAGGCUGGAUUCAGUAUUGACUUUGUCAAGAAUAACAGGGUGGUUGUUGGAGGCCCUGGUAGUUUCUACUGGCAAGGUCAGCUGAUAAGUGAUGAUAUCUCUGAGAUCAUCACCAGGUUCAAUAGACAAUACUACACUCCUUACAGUAACCAGCUGACCACUAAGUCUGCCAGCGCUCAGUACGAUGACAGCUAUUUAGGUUAUUCUGUGACUGUCGGUGACUUCAAUGCUGAUGGAGAAGAUGAUUACAUUACCGGGGUACCCAGGGGAGACAAAGCUCUGGGCUAUGUGAACAUCUUCAAUGGGAGGAACAUGCAGUCCGUCCUGAACUUCACAGGAACACAGAUGGCUGCCUACUUCGGCCAUUCUGUGGCAGCGACCGACAUCAAUAACGAUGGGCUGGUGGAUCUGUUUGUAGGGGCCCCUCUGUUCAUGGACCGUGGUAGUGAUGGGAAGCUGAGGGAGGUGGGCCAGGUGUCUGUGUUCCUGGGGAAAGGAGGCUUCUCCUUCAACACACCCAUCACACUGAGUGGGACAGAGAUCUACUCACGCUUCGGCAGUUCUAUCGCCACACUGGGGGACCUGGAUAUGGAUGGCUUCAACGACAUUGCCAUAGCUGCACCCUACGGCGGGCCGAAGCACAGGGGCCUAGUGUACAUCCACAAUGGGAGGGCUGCAGGGCCUGACCCAGUGCCUUCUCAGGUCCUAGAGGGGAGGUGGGCCUCCUCUUACAUGCCCCCCAGCUUUGGAUACUCCCUGCACGGAGCCACCGAUAUUGACCAGAAUGGAUACCCAGACUUAAUAGUGGGUGUAUUUGGUGCAGACAAAGCAGUUCUAUACAGGGCCCGGCCCGUCAUCAGUGUUAACGCCUCCCUGGACAUCAGCCCUCAGAUCCUCAACCCAGAGGAAAGGAGCUGCAAGCUGCCUGACAGUGACACUAAAGUGUCCUGUUUCAAAGUGAAGUACUGUCUUAAAGCGAGUGGAAGAGGUGCACCAGAUUCACUGAAGUUCCAGGUUCACCUUGUCCUGGAUAGACUCAAACACAAGGGGGCGACAAAGAGAGUUCUGUUCCUCCACAGCAAAACUUCCCAGUACACGAAAAACAUGACGGUCAGCAACGGCCAAGGACCAGCCUGCGAGGAGCAAGAAGCCUUCCUCAUAGAUGACUCUGAGUUCCGGGACAAGAUCACUCCCAUCUCUGUGUUCAUGGAGUUUAGUCUGGACUACCAGCAGGCAGCAGAUAAGACCGGCCUACUGCCUAUCCUGGAGCAGACUACCCCCACCAACAUCUCCAAACAGGCCCAUGUCCUACUGGACUGUGGAGAUGACAACAUCUGCAAGCCAGACCUCAAGCUGUCUGUAGUGAGUGACCAGAAGCAGAUCUACAUAGGAGAUGAUAACCCCUUGACCCUGGAGGUGACAGCGGAGAACAGAGGAGAGGGGGCGUACGAGGCAGAGCUACAUGUCUUCCUUCCUCCCCAGGCUGACUUCACUGGGGUGGUACGCAACAGUGAGACUCUGUCAAGAUUGUCCUGUGCAUACAAGACAGAGAACCAGACCAGGGUGGUGGUGUGUGACCUGGGGAACCCCAUGAAAGGAGGAACUAAGGUGCUGGCCGGACUCCGCUUCAGUGUUCAUCAGCUCUCAGAGCAGGACACGUUUGUGAAGUUUGACCUGCAGAUACAGAGUUCCAACCAGUUCAACAGCACCAGCAGUCUGGUCUCCAGCAUCACAACACUGGCUGUUCUGGCCAAUGUGGAUAUCAGAGGGGUGGCGCUUCCUGACCAGGUCUUUCUGCCCAUCGCUAACUGGAAGCCCAAAGAGAACCCUGUCGUAGGAGACGACAUCGGUCCACAAAUACUGCACAUCUAUGAGUUGCGUAACAGAGGUCCCAGUACCUUCAGCAAGGCCAUACUGGACAUCGAGUGGCCCUACAGGUUCAACAACGGCUCUCUGCUCUACAUCACUAAACUAGAGGUGGACGGAGGCAUGAACUGCAGUACAGACAUGGAGAUCAACCCACUCAAUGUCUCAAAUCCUUUGUCAGCAGAGACAAAUGGUUCAGCUUCCACCAGUGGAGACAAUACAGAAGGGAGGAACAGGAACCAUGUUCACCGCAGAGAGCUGGCGAAGAAAGAGAUGGAGGGAGACCUGGAAACUCUGGACUGUUCCAAGGCCCAGUGCCUGAAGAUCCGGUGUCAGGUGGGCCGUGUGGAGAGAGGUCAGAGUACUACCCUCUACGUCCACUCCAGACUGGGUGUGGCCACCUUCCUCAAGACUGAGAGCCAGAACCGAUCGUUCACCGUGAGAUCCUCCGCUUCCUUCAGCGUCAUAGAGAUGCCUUAUAACAAGAACCUGGUGUCUGAGCUGCCCUCCAACGCAAUUACGGUGAGUAUGUCAGUGAUCUGGUUGAAAUCUGAUCCUGAACCUGUUCCCGGGUGGGUGGUGGCGCUGGCUGUGCUGGCUGGACUACUGCUGCUGGCUCUGCUAAUCUUCAUCAUGUAUAAGCUGGGUUUCUUCAAGCGUGUACGCCCCCCUCAGGAGGACAACACGGAGAAGGAACAGCUGGCACCGCAGGAGAACGGUGACGGGAACAAUGAAGCCUGAGACCUCCAGCAACCCCCGGAGGUCUCCAGACUUCAAUGCAACACCAGGACCUGCAUCUACACACUAUCUCUCACGAGUAGAACAUUUUGCAAAUAAAAA